AUGGCUCGCAAUACUGCGAAGGGCGGUGCGAAAGCACCCGCCAAGGCUGCUGCCCGAAAGGCACACGCCAAGAGCUCUAAGCGUCACAGCAAAAGCUCGGCACUCAAGGAGGCUACUAAGGUAGCCUCCGAGGCGGUUGAUGCCUCGGGUGACUCGACUGUGAGCAAGCGGCGAAGCUCACGCCGCAGUCGGUCGCCCUCUGUGUCCUCAGACGACCAUCCGAACCCACGGUUCGCGUGCCGUGAGCACAGUCCUGGUUCUGAGGACGAGGCCAAGGCCCAGUGCUACACAAGUGUGUCUGGGAGCUCUGUGGAAGGGCACACUCGAGUGCUCAGCGAGCACAGCGUUGACAGCGUGCACUCGCUCGCUGGUGAUCACGUUGAUCACGACUCAAAGACGCCUGAGCGCUCUGAGAGCCCUGCCAACAAGGCUAAGGCUCGUUCAAUGCUGGCGGCGACGAGGGAGGGAAACCUCCGAAGAACCUCUCGCUCGCCGAGGGCCUUCAACGUGCUCAGGCUGCUAAAGCCGCAGCCACUGAGGCCAAGCACUCAAAGAAGCGCAUGGCUUCUAGGUCUCCCCUCCGCGAGGGGAAGGAGACCCGUGAUCCGUAUUACACGAUGUUCGACUCCUCGGACGAAUAGGAGGAGGGUGUCAUCGACGAGCCCCGGGAGAUCACAAUUGACCUUGACCAGCAGCAGGAGUUGUUCUAAGCUGCUCGGCGAAAGUCUGGGGGUUCGGAGGCGACGCCUGUCGGCCAGAGAGAGCUUCCAUCAACCCGAGAGGUUAUUGGCCUCCCGAGGAGAGCUUUUGGAGCCGACCUCUUCUUGGCGGAGCUCAAGGCUCCUUGUGGGCUUAUUGGGGGUCACACUUCUAAGGGCUCUUACGAGCGUGCCAUAG